CACCAAUUGUCCCUCCCAGUCAGCAGCCGACAGAGCAGCCCCAGGAGUCCUCUGCAAGUGUGAGCAUGCAAGGUGACGCUGACUCCACUGACUCCGAGCCAUUCUCCUCGGCAGGAUGAGAGUAACAGGUCUGGUUCGCGUUGUGGCCUUCGUCUUCACCAUGGUUGCCAUGUGGGUCUUUCUCCGCAGCUACGUCAGCUUCAACAGGAAAACCAUCCGUCUGCCACGCUGGCUGGCAGGAGUGCCCCCCAAGGAGAUCCGGGUCCCGAACACCAAGUGUGGGCUCAGCAAGCCCUGCCUAGACAACUUCUUCGCAUUUAAACUCAGCACUGGGGCUGCCAACGUCGUGGGCCCCUCCAUGUGCUUUGAAAAUGAAAUUAUCAUGAGUCCGGUGAGAAACAACGUGGGCAGAGGCCUGAACAUUGCACUGGUGAACGGAUCCACAGGACAGGUGACGAAAAAGGGCAGCUUUGACAUGUACUCUGGAGAACCCAAACUCCUGAUAGAGUUCCUUGAAGAAAUUCCAGAUAGCACGCUGGUGCUGGUGGCCUCCUAUGAUGACCCAGGCACCAAAAUGAAUGACAAAAUCAGGACGCUCUUCUCCAACCUGGGGAGUUCCUACGCAAAUCAGCUGGGCUUCCGGGACAGCUGGGUCUUCUUAGGUGCCAAAGACCUCAAGAAUAAAAGCCCAUAUGAGCAGUUCUUAAAAAACAACCCAGAAACAAACAAAUAUGAAGGCUGGCCGGAGUUACUAGAGCUGGAGGGCUGUGUGCCGCGGAAGGUGUUUUAAGAGUGGCCACGGCCAGAAAGACACGCCCAAUUGACUUGAGAGCUCAGGUUUGCUGGAUCUGCUGAUGGGAACUGACUAGGAGGAAGAAGGGAGAAGCCAUUUGAGAUGCACUGACCAUCCCACACACAAUAUGACUCACUUCUCUGAGGAAACAACAGCUUCCCACGUCCCACAGUGACCAGGAAUGGGCAGCCGCACAGGGCCUGCAGAACCAGCUGUGAUGGACACAAGUGAGACCUUCCAAGGCUGCCCCUGGCUGUCUCCAGGAGGACUAGCU